UUCCAAUACCCCAAGGUAGAAAAUGUUGCAGAGCAGUGUCUUCUUCAUAAUCCCUCCUUGUUCGUCUCCAAAUCUUCCUUCAACCUCCAUUCCCUUCAACCUCUCUCCUCCCCACUUCCACUGGAACCUAAAACAACCCAACAUAAAGAAGCAGCAACUCUUCUGCCGCGUCUCCUCCAGCUAUGAAGUUGGUGGAGGCUACCCUGAUGAAGAAACCCAGAACCAACAUGUUCAAGGCACCCAAAACCUCAAUUCCUCUCAGUAUGAUGAUUUACUCAAGGGAGGAGACCAAGUCAUUUCUGUUCUUGAAGAAAUUAUUACCCUUCUGGAAGAUAUGAACAUGGAUGAGGCGUCCGAGGAGGUGGCUGUUGAAUUAGCUGCACAAGGAGUAAUUGGGAAAAGGGUGGACGAAAUGGAAUCAGGGUUCAUGAUGGCUCUUGAUUACAUGAUCCAAGUUGCUGAAAAGGACCAAGAUGACAAGCGAAAGUCACUGCUUGAGGUGAUUAAGGAGACCGUGCUAGCACAUCUCACAAAAAAAUGUCCCCCACAUGUUCAAGUGAUUGGACUUCUCUGUAGAACACCCCUGAAAGAAAGCAGACAUGAGCUACUACGUCGAGUUGCUGCUGGCGGUGGUGCUUUCAAAAGUGAAAAUGGCACCAAAGUUCAUCUUCCUGGAGCAAAUCUAAACGAUAUAGCAAACCAGGCCGAUGAUCUGCUAGAGACAAUGGAAACUCGGCCCAUUGUUCCAGACCGGAAACUACUUGCAAGACUUGUCUUGAUCAGAGAGGAAGCUCGAAAUAUGAUGGGAGGUGGAAUACUCGAUGAAAGAAAUGACCGCGGUUUUAGUACUCUUCCUGAAUCAGAGGUUAACUUCUUGACAAAACUUGUAGCGCUGAAACCUGGGAAAACUGUCCAGGAAAUGAUAAGAAAUGUAAUGUUAGGGAAAGAUGAAGGUGCAGACUACUCUGACACUGAUGAAGAAGCUAAUUCUGGUAGAACGAGACCCCGAGGAAUUGCAGGAAGGGGCAGUGUUACAGGGAGAAAACCACUUCCUGUUCGUCCCGGCAUGUUUCUUGAGACUGUCACAAAGGUUUUGGGUGGUAUAUAUAGUGGAAAUGUCUCUGGCAUAACAGCACAACAUUUAGAAUGGGUUCAUCAGAAAACACUUCAAGUUCUUCAGGAAAUCGCAUUCUAGUUCUUUGAGCAGCAUGUACCAGAAGUCAGAUUACAUCAUGGGGCCAAUUUCAUCCAAGGGGGAGAGUCGAUAUCGUUAGUAGAGAAAAUUGUGUGCUUCAACAUUAUUCUUUCCUGGUCAGUCAGUUACAAAUUUGUGGCUCGAACUACAAGCAAAAUAGCAAACCUUAGACAAUAACAGUUUUGUUUACCUUGUCAACUUCAACUUC